CACUAACGAUUAGGACAUCGUUACGUAGGUAUAUAAUUCUUGACGGGCCCGGCUCCUCGUGUUAUGCUCUCCUCCGUAGUAUAACCCCGUAGGUGUACAGCAAGUAUCUUCCGGUUCUCUUUUGGAACUGUUCACUCUCUUCUCGCUGAAGCCACAGGCAAUAGGCGUCCAUUCCUUAGUUCGAUGCGCAUACACUCCUUAUUAUCACCAAACGAUCGUUAUCGAAAGUAACUCUGCUUCUAGCCAGACGUCAGAAUACAACCAAUCCAUCAUGCGUGCUUUUUUCAACUUGGCUGUAGCUUCUGCUACGGCGUUCUUUGCUCAGACUAUCGCAGCACCCAUGCCUAUAGUUGUAACCCCGGGAGGGAAAGGAGAUCUGAUUAUUACUCAACAGAAUACUGUUAACCACACAUUUACCGCCCUAUCCCAAAACAUGACUAUACAAGAAUAUAACCCGCUCAAGAUCUCUCUUGUUAACAACUUUGGAGGAGGGCAACUGAAUGUUUACGUGAGCGGUAACGACCCUUCCGGCGCCGUCGUUAUGCUCUCGUCCGACGGUACUUGGUAUCACCCGGACGCUGCUGGCAGUCAAGUGCCAGUAGCUAUCAGCGGCAACGUCGCCAUCCCUAUGAACGCCCAAGGACAGACCACCGAGUUCACUCUACCCGACUAUAUCAGCUCCGGCCGUAUUUGGAUCGCCGAAGGUGAACUUCAGUUCUUCACCGUUCUUGCCGGAGACGGAACAUCACAGCUCGUCGAACCCUCCGCCGCAAACCCUUCAGACCCUUCAGCGGCCGUCAACUGGGGUUUUGUCGAACUUACCAACACCGAGGAGGGAGGUAUCUACGCCAACAUCUCUUUCGUUGAUUUUGUCGGUCUAGUGAUGGGUAUGACCUUGACUCUUGGUACCGGUGAGACUCAAGAGGUGAAGGGUCUCCAGCAGGACUCUCUCGCCGCCAUCUGCCAGGAAUUGAGGGAUCAGGCGGCAGCUGAUGGUCAGCCAUGGGACAAGUUGUGUGUUACGGACGCCAGCGGCAACCCGCUACGCAUCCUCGCGCCCAACCUAUACCAGUCCAUCGACCCAACCGCCCAGGCCACCUACUACGACGACUACAUUGAGCAGGUCUGGCAGAAGUACACUAACGAGGAUCUAACCAUCAACACUCAAGCUGCCGCAGGAAGCGUUGCUUGCCGCGUCAACGGCGACGAGCUCACCUGUGCUGGGGACAACCGCGGAUACCCUCGACCCACUGUCGCCGAUAUCUGGGGCUGCAACUCGGGUCCCUUCGGCAUCCAAGCCGUCGACAACGAUGUUCACAGGGCAAUUGUCCCUAGACUGUGUGCUGCUUUCUUCCGCACAACUCUGCUCCUGGACGGCGGCAACGUGCAGCCUUCUCUCCCUAGUAGCAGUUACUACACUGUGGACCCGACCAACCACUACUCUCGCAUCCUUCACAAGCACGAGAUCGACGGCAAGGGCUACACCUUCUCGUACGACGAUGUCAACCCUGAUGGAGAGAACCAAGCCGGUGUCGUCGCCGGACUGCAGCCGCAGGUCUUGCAGCUCACCGUCGGCGGAUUUUCUUCUUAAGGAAAAUCCACAGGUGAUGAUGAGACUUGUAGGAGCUUGAGGCAGUAUCUACUGUCAUAUAAUUACCAUCAUCUCUCAUCUAACAAAGAUCUCAUAGUAGCAACAUAAGCUAUGAAUCUCCGCACUGUAUAUAUCACUUUUUCGUGUACAUAGUACUUGUUGAUAGCAUUUUCAAGGUAUAUGGGUACCAUGUACAUACCAACC